GCUGAGGGAUUUACUUGCUGGCGUGAUUAGCGUUUACCUGUAACUUGAAAGUCUGUGUCUGCACCGAUGUUUGUAUCGCGAGAUCUCAGUUUGUGUGUAAAUGGAGAGCGUCUAGGACUGGUCUAGAUCAUCUGGAGCAAAGUGACAGUCACACCGAGGGUCAAUUAAUUCAACCGAUUUCUUAUCAGUUCGGCAUUAAGGUUACUGUUGAACCUUAACUUAAAGAUAUGUCUGCAGGUUGUAUGAGGUGGGUGCUAAACCAUGCGGUGAGAGCUGUGUGUGGAGUCAGUCUGGGCUACAGGAUCCCAGCAUCAAGGUUUCUCAACUGCAGUGAAAGAUCAAGUAUCAUUGCUGCCUCCUGGAGCCGGUCUCCAUUCUCCACAGCAGAAGAGGACACAGAGCGGACGCCUGCACCAAAGAAAAGAAAGCAGGACUCCAGAGCUGAUGCCACAAUCAGCAACGUGGGCCACUCGAUCCCGCACCAACACAUACAGUUGAUAAGUGAGACGGGCGAGGAGCUAGGUACCAUCCACCGAGUACGUGUGAUCAGAAUGAUGGAUGAGCAGGGUCUGAAACUGGUGCUGCUGAACGCACACAAAGACCCUCCUGUCUACCAGCUGAUGACUGGCAAACAGAUCUACCAAGAGCAACUGAAACUGCGGGAGAAACAGAAGGCAAAACCAGCUACUGUGCAGGUGAAAGAACUCACCUUUUCACCUGGCAUCUCACCACAUGACCUCACCACCAAGCUGAAACAAGUGGAGAGCUGGCUGGAGAAGAAGCACCAUGUCAGGAUUACUCUGCGAUCGGGACGCAACGACCCCGCAGUCAACCUGGACACAACUUUGGAGCAGAUGGUGCAACAAAUGGAGGUAAUGGUGGGAUUUGUUUCCCCGCCAAAAGUCAUACGCGACGGUCGAUCAGCCAUGUGCAUCGUCCGUCAGCCUUCAGCAAAGGAAAUCUCACAAAAAGGAAAGAAAAACACAGCGGCCACGCGGCCCGCCGCUUCCCGUUCGAAGAGCACUGGGAGCAGCACGCCGCCUGUUGGCACCACGGACACGGCAGAAGGGUCUAAACAGCAGCGAUCUGAUGGAAAUUAAAAAGAUUAAAAACUGUUCUUCACUGUCAAA